AUGCUCAAGUGCGCGAUGAGCGGUGGCCAGCUGAAAGUAUUUGGGAAAGCGAUCCAGGCUCUGUCACGGGUUAGUGACGAACUGUGGCUUGACCCAUCUGAAAAAAGUUUGGCUCUGAGAUCUGUGAAUUCUUGUCGCUCAGCAUAUGGCUGUGUCCUCUUCUCAUCUUUAUUUUUCCAACAUUAUCAAUGGUUAACUCCAGUGGAAAUGAAUGCUAAGGACACAUCAUCAUCCAAUUUAAACUGCCAGUUAACAAUGAAGUCACUCCUGCCUAUCUUUAGAUGUCUGAAUUCCCUUGAGAGAAAUGUGGAGAAGUGCAGCAUAUUCACCAGAUCUGAUCAAUCCAAAGUAGUUAUUCAGUUCUUCUGCAGACAUGGUAUUAAAAGAACUUACAAUGUAUGUUUUCAAGAAAGUCAGCCUCUGCAAGUGGUUUUUGAAAAGAAGGCGUGCACCAACACCCUUGUGGUUCAGCCUAGAGUGCUUGCGGAAGCAGUUGUUCUCUUCACAUCCAGUCAAGAGGAAGUGACCCUGGCUGUGACUUCAGCGAGUGUCUGCCUCAAGAGCUCCAAGGAGGAGGCGAUGGAUGGGACUAAUUCUGUGCACAGUGAGAUGUUUGUUGAUUCACAUGAAUUUGACUUCUUCCAAAUUGGAGUUGACAGUGAGGUAACAUUUUGCUUCAAAGAACUGAAGGGAAUACUGACCUUUUCAGAAGCUAUACAUGUUCCUAUAUCAAUUUAUUUUGAUUUUCCUGGAAAGCCUGUGGCUUUAAGCAUUGAUGACAUGCUCUUGGAAGCCAACUUUAUUUUGGCUACCUUGGUCGACGUGCCAAGUCAGCCUUCUUCGCCACGAUCUCUGUGCCUGUCACAAAGACCGAAAAGGUCAGACUCCAUCCUGUCAAAUUCAGAGGUGGCUAAGAGCAUGACCAGCGAGGCCCCAGAGUGCACAUCAAGAAAAGCAGCCCCCAAAAGGCUGCGUCCCCCAGAGUCUCCCCCUGGCACCUCUGCACUGGAGCACAGCAGCAGCUCCCGAAAAAAAAGAGUGGACAGCGAUGUCAGUCACCUUUCAGAAAGCAGUGUGAGCAGUAUGGAGGUCACACCAGGGCCCCUCCACCUCAGGAAGUGGACUUGUAUUUUUUCUCCCCAGUUUUCUUAGUUCUUUGGAGCGCUUUCUUCUGAUCUGCAAGAACCUGCCAACUACCCUUUGAAUAGUCUGGCAAAGGACAGUGAGGACCAGAACAACGGCAGCUUCUCCCCAUUCUAG